UCUCCGUAAACACGAGUACCUAAAACAUAACAAACCAACUUUCGCUUUCACCAGCAAAUCCUUAACUGGAGUACUGGACCAACAAUUCUUCAAUUGAACUUCUCAAGUAGGACCCGGAAAAAAGUUGCAAUUCUCAAAGAAAAAAGAAAACUUUUCACUUCAAUUGCAAUUCUGAAACAAAAAUAAAACAUUCAUCUGAUCCGCCAUUGAUAUAGCUUCUAAAAAGAAAAUGAAACCGACGACGUUGGUAGAUGUGAUCGAGCACAAGGCUUACGCAAGAAUCGGAUUGCUUGGAAACCCAAGCGAUGUAUACUAUGGCAAUACCAUCUCCAUUAGCAUCGCCAAUUUCUGGGCUUCCGUUAAAUUGGAGCCUUCUGAUCGCCUCGUCAUUAAUCCCCACCCUUACCACGACCUUGUUGAGUUUGAUUCUCUUAACUAUUUGGUGAAUCGUUUGGAAAAUGAAGGUUUCUAUGGAGGUGUGCGUUUGGUUAUGGCCAUCUGUAAAGUAUUUUACAAGUACUGCAAAAAUAAUAAUAUUGAUCUUCAUGAGGGGCUUUUUACCUUAUCUUAUGAUACAAAUAUUCCUCGACAGACAGGACUUUCAGGCUCUAGUGCUAUUGUGUGUGCUGCCCUGAACUGCUUGCUUGACUUCUACAAUGUCAGGCACCAAGUUAAGGUGGACGAAAGGCCAACUCUUAUCUUGGAAGCUGAGAAAGAACUCGGAAUUGUUGCAGGUCUCCAAGAUCGGGUGGCACAAGUUUAUGGGGGACUUGUUUUUAUGGACUUCAGCAAAACUCAGAUGGAUAGAUUGGGACAUGGUAUUUAUACACCAAUGGAUAUUAGUCUCCUUCCUCCUCUCUACCUCAUCUAUGCUGACAAUCCAAGUGACUCUGGAAAGGUGCAUAGUACUGUUAGACAAAGAUGGUUAAAUGGUGAUGAAUUUAUAAGAUCAACGAUGAACGAAGUCGCUAAUUUAGCUGUGGAAGGAAGACGGGCAUUACUUGAAAAGGACUAUGCUAAACUGGCGUCCCUGAUGAAUCACAACUUUGACCUCCGCAGAAGUAUGUUUGGAGAUGAUGCUCUUGGAGCUAUAAAUUUAAGGAUGGUGGAGGUAGCACGGGAUACUGGUGCUGCAUCAAAAUUUACUGGCAGUGGCGGGGCUGUCGUUGCAUUUUGCCCUGAUGGACCACCACAAAUUGAGCUUCUACAGGAAGCCUGUCGUAAGGCUGGUUUUAUCAUUCAACCUGUUCAAGUAGCUCCAUCAUUCUUAAAGGACCUUGAUCUUGGAAGCUCAUCUUCCGCUUGACAGAGUUAUCUCUAGCAUCAUCGUACAAGUCCAUGUUUUUGGUCUUCGUGUAAUGCAUCAUAGGACCAAAGACACCUCGUCAUUGUAUAUUUCCUCUAGGAGUUUCUUUUAAUACAUAUUUUCAGUGUCAAAUUGUACGAAAUAUUUCGUUAGCAAGGGCUUUAGCUUUUAUAUACAAGGAUUUCAUUUAGUGUUA